AUGUCUUUGAAUAAUCGCAAGACGAGUUACAGCCGCUUCGCCUGUAUCGGAACGGGUCUUUCCGGUAUAGGUCUAGGUGCGACACUGAAGCGAUGGUACAACCUCGACGAUGUUCAGUAUUUUGAGCGGCAGAGCCAACUUGGUGGUACCUGGCUACAGAACCAGUACCCUGGUUGCGCGUGCGAUAUCCCCAACAUACUCUAUAGCUUCUCGUUUGAGCCAAAUCCGGACUGGACGCGUAUCCUAGCUAAACGAGAGGAGCUAUAUGAUUAUAUAAUGGGGAUCGCCAAGAAGUACAAUCUUCUCGAUAAGAUGACCUUUGGGGCCCAGGUGGAGAAGUGUGAAUGGUUCGAGGAGCAGGCUCGAUGGCGAUUGACCAUUCGGGAUCUGAAAACAGGAUCUCUCUUCUUCCACGAAUGUCAGUUUCUAUUUUCCGCAACGGGCUUGUUCUCCAACCCACGGGAGCUGGAUAUCCCCGGUGUCAAGUCUUUCAAGGGGCCUAUCAUUCAUUCAGCAAAAUGGCGCCACGAUGUCGAUCUUACAGGAAAGCGGGUAGUGCUAUUUGGUAACGGCUGCACAGCUGCGCAGAUCGUGCCAAACAUCCUCCCCGAGAUAAAGAGCCUCACGCAGCUCAUCCGAUCAAAGCAUUGGAUUCUCCCUCCAAUCGACGGGCCGACCUUGGACGUGCUGCGGUGGGUGAUGAAGAAUAUACCUGGCGCCCAGCGUCUCCUACGUGUUCUCGUGUUUCUCGAGACAGAGCGCCAAUACAAGCUUUUUGAGAUGACGGACGCGGGAGCACGUGUACGCGCAAAGUUCAGAGAGACAGCCUUAACGUAUAUGAAAAAGACAGCACCCGCCAAGUAUCACGACUUACUUAUCCCUGACUUUGAAUUUGGAUGCAAACGGCGUAUUUACGACUCCGGCUAUCUUGAGAGCAUUCAUGCUGAGAACUUUAGCCUCACUGAUAAACCAGCGACUGAAAUCACGCCAGAUGGGGUUCGAGUUGGAGGUCAAGUCAUCGAAGCAGAUAUUAUUGUACUUGCCAAUGGCUUCGAGACGAGCGGCUUCUUGAAGGGCAUCGAGGUGAUAGGAAGGAACGAUGAGAAUUUGCAUGAACACUGGGAGCGGUAUGGUGGCGCAGAAGCGUACAACACGACAUCUGUCAGCGGGUUCCCGAACCUUUUUCUUCUCUACGGACCCAACUCAGGCGUUGGCCACACCUCCGCCAUCAUUGCUCUGGAGAACGGGAUCAACUAUUCCCUUCGGGUCAUCAAGCCUAUACUAGAUGGCAAAGCCAGCAUCGUCGAUGUGAAGUCGGACGCCGAGGGUAAAUGGACAGACAGCAUGCAAGCAGGCAUCAAGUCGACCGUCUUCUACUCUGGUUGUACCAACUGGUUCGUCGAGACGAAAAAGAACGGUACACGGUGGAACGCCACAGUCUACCCUUACUCCCAGGCGAGCUUUUGGAGAAGAAGCCUCUUUCCAGUCUGGAAAGACUUUGACUUUUCUGUAAGAUUGGCACUAUUUUCGCCUUUUGGUUGUAUAAAUGAAAUGCUAACGUUUUUAGGGCUCGGCCACGGCUCGAGGCCGAAGUAUCUGGCGGCGACUGUUCUUAGUGGUUGGGAUGUUCAGUGGUCUGAUGUUCGCCAUCGAUUACUUUUCUACAGGUUGCUAUAG